GCUGGCCGCGGAGUCGGCCGAAGCUAUCGGCGGCGACUGAGCCAGCUGAGGAGGGGAAGAUGGCUCGGGCAGUUGCGGCGGCGACUCCGGCUGUGGUGGAGGUGGAGGCUCGGGCAGCGUGAGGUUUUCCUAUUUUGGAAGCUGUGAGAUAAAAAACAUUAGGGGAAGAUUCAUGCUUCUUAGUGGACAUGGCGCAGAUAUCCAGCAGCAAUGGGUUUAAGCGGUGUUCAUCUUCAUCUUCAUCUCUGGAACCAAUAAGAAUGAAAGAUGUGGACAAAGAAGAAGCUUUACAGAUGGAAGCAGAGGCUUUAGCAAAACUGCAAAAGGACAGACAAGUGACUGACAAUCAAAGAAGCUUUGAGUUGUCAAGCAGCUCACGGGACAAGGCACAAGUUUAUAACCAAGAAGAUUAUGAUCUCAUGGUGUUUCCUGAAUCAGAGUCACAAAAAAGAGGAGUAGAUAUUGAUGUAGAAAAGCUCACUCAAGCUGAACUUGAGAAACUGUUACUGGAUGAGAACUUCGAGCCUAGAAAAACACCUGUGUCGCCAGUUACUCAUGUUCUGAGCCCUUCGUUUUCAGCACAACUUUAUGUUGGAUCUACUAUUCAAAGAGGACAGUGGCCACCUGGAUUAUCUGGGCCUUGCAGUUACACUUUACCUUCUGUUUACCCUUCAAGUUACAGUAAACAGGCUGCAUUCCAGAAUGGCUUCAAUCCAGGAAUGCCUACUUUGCCAUCUACAAAACCCAUAUAUUUAAGUGUUCCAGGACAGUCUCCAUAUUUUUCAUAUCCUUUGACACCUGCCACACCAUUUCAUCCCCAGGGAAGCUUACCUGUCUAUCAGCCAAGAGUCAGUCCUGAAAUGGCAAAGCUGUUUGAUAAAAUAGCUACCACAUCAGAAUUCUUAAAAAAUGGGAAAGCAAGGACUGAUUUGGAAAUAACAAAUUCUAAGGCUACGGUCAGCAAUCUACAGGUAUCUCCAAAGCCUGAGGGUAUCAGUAAAUUUGAAUGGUUAGACUUGGAUCCUCUGAGUAAACCGAAGGUGGAUAAUGUGGAAGUAUUAGACCAUGAAGAGGAAAAAAGUAUACCAAAUUUGCUUGCUGAGGAUCCUUGGGAGGCUGUUCUUCUUGAAGAAAGAUCACCAGCAAGCUGUCACUUUGAAAGAAAGGUGAAUGGAAAGUCUCUUUCGGGGGCAACUGUAACAAGAAGCCAGUCCUUAAAUAUUCGAACAACUCAGCUUGCAAAAGUCCAGGGCCAAAUUUCUCAGAAAGACCCAAAUGGGACCAGUAGUUUGCCAACUGGAAGUUCUCUUCUACAAGAAAUUGAAGUACAGAACGAGGAGGUGGCAGCUUUUUGUCAAUCUAUUACAAAAUUGAAGGCCAAAUUUCCAUAUACCAGUCACUGCACAAAUCCAGGCUAUUUGUUAAGUCCAGUCACAGUGCAAAGAAACCUCUGUGGAGAAAAUGCUAGUGUGAAGGUCUCCAUUGAAAUUGAAGGAUUUCAACUACCAGUUACUUUUACCUGUGAUGUGAGUUCUACUGUAGAAAUCAUUAUAAUGCAAGCCCUUUGCUGGGUCCAUGAUGACUUGAAUCAAGUAGAUGUUGGCAGCUAUAUUCUGAAAGUUUGUGGUCAAGAGGAGGUUCUGCAGAAUAAUCAUUGUCUUGGAAGUCACGAACAUAUUCAGAACUGCCGAAAAUGGGACACAGAGAUUAAACUACAACUAUUGACGUGCAAUGCAAUGUGCCAAGAUUUGGCUAGAACAGCAGAAGAUGAUGAAACACCUGUGGAUUUAAACAAGUAUGUGUAUCAAAUAGAAAAACCAUAUAAAGAAGUUAUGACACGACAUCCUGUUGAAGAACUGUUAGAUUCUUAUCACAGCCAAGUGAAACUUGCUCUUCAAACAGAAAACCAACACCGAGGAGUGGAUCAAGUAAUUAAAGCUGUGAGAAAAAUCUGUAGUGCUUUAGAUGGUGUGGAGACUCCUGCCAUUACAGAGUCAGUGAAGAAACUAAAAAGAGCAGUUAAUCUUCCAAGGAGCAGAGGUUCCGAAGUGACUUCAUUGUCUGGCGGGGACAGUAACAAGAGUUCAGCUGGAGGCUCAUUAAAUCCUGAAAAUCCCAUUCAAGUGAACAUGGACCAGUUAACUACAGCAGUGUAUGAUCUUCUCAGACUCCAUACCAGUUCUGGCAGGAGACCUGCAGACCUUCCCCAAAAUUCCAGGAGCACCAAGGAAGCAUGGACAACAACAGAACAGCUCCAAUUUACUGUUUUUGCUGCACACGGAAUAUCAAGUAACUGGGUAUCAAAUUAUGAAAAAUACUAUUUGAUGUGCUCUCUGUCUCACAAUGGAAAGGAUCUUUUUAAACCUAUUCAAUCAAAGAAGGUUGGCACUUAUAAAAAUUUCUUCUAUCUUAUUAAAUGGGAUGAACUAAUCAUUUUUCCCAUCCAGCUAUCACAAUUGCCAUUAGAAUCACUUCUUCAUCUUACCCUUUUUGGAAUUUUAAAUCAGAACAGUGGAAGUUCUCCUGAUUCUAAUAAGCAAAGAAAGGGUCCAGAAGUUUUGGGCAGAGUUUCUUUACCUCUUUUUGACUUUAAGAAAUUUCUAACAUGUGGAACUAAACUUCUGUAUCUUUGGACUUCGUCACAUAUAAAUACUCUUCCUGGAACAGCCCCCAGAAAAGGAUGUGUCAUGGAAAGAAUAGUGCUACAGGUUGAUUUUCCUUCUCCUACAUUUGAUAUUAUUUAUACAGCUCCUCAAGUUGACAGAGGCAUCAUACAACAAUACAACUUAGAAACACUGGAGAGUGAUACAAAAGGGAGACUUCUUGACAUUCUUCACAAAGACUCAUCACUUGGACUUUCUAAAGAAGAUAAAGCCUUUUUGUGGGAAAAACGUUAUUACUGCUUCAAACACCCAAAUUGUCUUCCUAAAAUACUGGCAAGUGCCCCAAACUGGAAAUGGGUUAAUCUUGCCAAAACUUAUUCAUUACUUCACCAGUGGCCUCCUUUGUACCCUCUCACUGCAUUGGAGCUUCUAGAUUCAAAAUUUGCUGAUCAGGAAGUGAGAUCUCUGGCUGUGACCUGGAUUGAAGCCAUCAGUGAUGAUGAGCUGACAGAUCUCCUUCCUCAGUUUGUGCAGGCUUUGAAAUAUGAAAUUUACUUGAAUAGUUCUUUACUGCAUUUCCUUCUGUCCAGGGCAUUAGGAAAUAUACAGAUAGCACACAGUUUAUAUUGGCUUCUCAAGGAUGCUCUGCAUGAUGCACAGUUUGGGGCCCGCUAUGAACAUGUUUUGGGUACUCUCCUCUCAGUAGGAGGAAAAGGACUCAGAGAAGAACUUUAUAAGCAGACCAAACUCGUUCAGCUUUUAGGAGGAGUAGCAGAAAAAGUAAGGCAAGCUAGUGGAUCAACCAGACAGGUUGUCCUCCAAAGGAGUAUGGAACGAGUACAGUCUUUUUUUCUGAGAAAUAAAUGCCGUCUCCCUCUCAAACCAAGUCUGGUGGCAAAGGGAUUAAAUAUUAAGUCAUGCUCCUUCUUCAGUUCUAAUGCUGUGCCCCUAAAAGUCACGAUGGUGAAUGCUGAUCCUAUGGGGGAAGAAAUUAAUGUCAUGUUUAAGGUUGGUGAGGAUCUUCGUCAAGAUAUGUUAGCUUUACAGAUGAUAAAGAUUAUGGAUAAAAUCUGGCUUAAGGAAGGACUAGAUCUGAGGAUGGUGAUUUUCAAGUGUCUCUCAACUGGCAGAGAUCGAGGCAUGGUGGAGCUAGUUCCUGCCUCGGAUACCCUCAGGAAAAUCCAAGUGGAAUAUGGUGUGACAGGAUCCUUUAAAGAUAAACCACUUGCAGAUUGGCUGAGGAAAUACAAUCCCUCAGAAGAAGAAUAUGAAAAGGCUUCAGAAAAUUUUAUCUAUUCUUGUGCUGGAUGCUGUGUUGCCACCUACGUUUUAGGCAUCUGUGAUCGACAUAAUGACAAUAUAAUGCUUCGAAGCACAGGGCAUAUGUUUCACAUCGACUUCGGAAAGUUUUUGGGCCAUGCACAGAUGUUUGGUAGCUUCAAAAGGGAUCGGGCUCCUUUUGUGCUGACUUCCGAUAUGGCUUACGUCAUUAAUGGCGGUGAAAAGCCCACCAUCCGGUUCCAGUUGUUUGUGGACCUUUGCUGUCAGGCAUACAACUUAAUAAGAAAGCAAACAAAUCUCUUUCUUAACCUCCUUUCACUGAUGAUUCCUUCAGGGUUGCCAGAACUUACCAGUGUUCAAGAUUUGAAAUAUGUUAGAGAUGCGCUUCAACCCCAAACUACAGAUGCAGAAGCAACAAUUUUCUUUACUAGGCUGAUUGAAUCAAGCUUGGGGAGCAUCGCCACAAAGUUUAACUUCUUCAUUCACAACCUUGCUCAGCUACGUUUUUCUGGUGUUCCUUCUAAUGACGAGCCCAUCCUUUCAUUUUCACCAAAAACAUACUCCUUCCGACAAGAUGGUCGAAUCAAGGAAGUCUCUGUUUUUACAUAUCAUAAGAAAUACAACCCAGAUAAACAUUACAUUUAUGUAGUCCGAAUUUUGAGGGAAGGACAACUUGAACCAUCAUUUGUCUUCCGGACUUUUGACGAAUUUCAGGAACUACAUAAUAAGCUCAGUAUUAUUUUUCCACUUUGGAAGUUACCAGGUUUUCCUAACAGGAUGGUUCUGGGAAGAACCCACAUAAAAGAUGUAGCAGCCAAAAGGAAGAUUGAAUUAAACAGUUAUUUACAGAGUUUGAUGAGUGCUUCAGCAGAUGUGGCAGAGUGUGACCUUGUUUGUACUUUUUUCCACCCUUUACUUCGUGAUGAGAAAGCCGAAGGAAUAGCUAGGUCGGCAGAUGCUGGUCCCUUCAGUCCUACUCCAGGGCAAAUAGGAGGAGCAGUGAAAUUAUCUGUCUCUUACCGAAAUGGUACACUUUUCAUCAUGGUGAUGCACAUCAAAGAUCUUGUUACUGAAGAUGGGGCUGAUCCAAAUCCAUAUGUCAAAACAUACCUACUUCCAGAUACUCACAAAACUUCCAAACGUAAAACCAAAAUUUCACGGAAAACAAGGAAUCCAACAUUCAAUGAAAUGCUUGUGUACAGUGGAUACAGCAAAGAAACCCUCAGACAGAGGGAACUUCAACUAAGUGUACUCAGUGCAGAAUCUCUACGGGAGAAUUUUUUCUUAGGUGGAGUAACCCUGCCUCUGAAAGACUUCAACUUGAGCAAAGAGACAGUCAAGUGGUACCAGCUGACUGCAGCAACUUACUUAUAAACUGAUGAAUUUCUGAGCUUUGGAAGCAAGAAUAGUUAUCAACUUGUGUGCCCAUGCACACACACUGGUGAACUCUGUAUAGUAUUUUUAUACUUUAUACUUGAGCACAAAUUAUAAUACUUGGUGAAUUAUAACACAUUUGUUGGACCAACAGUCACAUAACUAAUUUUUAUGAGUUUCUGAAAGCCAUUGCUGUCUAAAAAUGAUUACAUUGAAUGCUGUAAGCCCUGUAUGUAAUAUGUCAUAGUGAGUCCGCAGAGAGACUUCCAGAUCAUACUGUGUC